AUGCUGCUGCCGUCGCUCUACCCUCCUUGGCACGCGCGCGCCCGCAUCGCCUGUGCGCCCCGUGUUGCUGUUGCUGCUUCUGCUCGCCUGCCGCCCCGCCGCGCCUACUGCCACCCAGCUCGCCCCGCUCGCACUGGACCCGCCUUGGCCACGCCCGGCCGUACCCCUACUCCGCCCCGCCUCCGGCCCUUCCCACUCUACCUCGCCCCGCCUCCCGCAGCUGUCUGCCAGCCAGCGCUCCGCCGCCCAGUGUCGCCUGCGCACACACGCCGGCCGCGCCCGGCCCCGCCUCCCCCGCGCGAGCCCACACCCCCCACGCCGGCGCUCGCGGCCGCUCUCCCCGCCGCUCCCCGCGCACCGUGCCGCUCCUCGCCGUCCAGCCACUGCCCCGCGACGACGCCCGGGUCGGGCGCCCGCAGCGCCCCGGCGCCUGUUAACCCGCAUGGCCUCCUGGGCCACUUACAAGUGGGGCCCGCCCCUGAUAUCGACUGCUGCAUCACCCCCGUCGAACAGACUCCGCAGAGACGCCGGGCGCGAACGCACGUUGGGGACCAGCGGCCGCACUAUGUCGAGGUGGUGCAGCAACACCAGCAGCGCCACCUGAUGGGCGGCGAGGAGGCCCAGGAGGUCACCGCACAGGCACGCCAACGCUGCGAAGCCGAAUACUGCAGCGUUGUCGUCGUCUUCGACACCGUGGCCGUGGCAGGUGGUGGUGGUGGCGUACUCGCUGUCGACACCACCGUCACUGUGGCCUGUGGUGGUGGCAUCCCCACCGUCGACACCACCGUGACCGUGGCGAGCGUCGGCAGCGGCAACGUGACUAAUCAGGAGGAUAGCGUUGUGGGCUUCUUCUUCUUCUGGGUGGAGGCUGUCGGGCGCUCCCGCGCUGGGCAAGAUGCUAUGUACGAAGAAGAGCCGUUUUGUCGAACAAUUGUGCGCCAGGCCCUCUGGCCUUCAAAUGAUUAG